AUGAGGAAGUAUGUGAACCAUCACUCAGCAAGGGUGAUUGGUGAUAGGAAUUGGGUUAUUCCAUUCAUUACUAGCUUUAUCAUAUUCAUUACCCUCUAUUUCUCUGCCAUUUCCGGGCUAUUUACCUCCCCACACGAUGGAGAGAAUUUGUCAUUCGACAUUAUUCCCUUCGCAAAAUCAGAUGACACAGGUGGGUAUUAUGUCGAAUCUGAUUUGAAAACAUCAUUGGACACCAACGGGAGUUCCAAAAUUGGGGCACCUAGAUUUGCGUAUCUUAUAUCGGGCACAAGGGGUGAUAGUCAUAGGAUGAUGAGGACUUUAAGCGCGGUGUAUCAUCCAAGAAAUCAAUAUAUCCUGCAUUUGGAUCUUGAGGCUCCGCCGCGUGAAAGGUUGGAAUUAGCAAGUUUAGUGAGGGCUGAUCUUACUUUUCGCGAAGUGGAGAAUGUGCGUGUUAUGUCUCAAUCCAAUUUGGUGACUUAUAAGGGCCCUACGAUGAUUGCUUGUACUCUGCAAGCCAUUUCCAUUCUAUUAAAGGAGAGCUCAGAGUGGGACUGGUUUAUAAACCUCAGUGCAUCAGAUUAUCCUCUCAUGACACAAGAUGAUUUGCUUCAUGCUUUCUCCAAUCUUUCCAGAAAUAUCAACUUUAUUGAACAUAUGCAGAUCACUGGAUGGAAACUGAACCAAAGAGCAAAACCAAUCAUAAUUGAUCCAGGCCUGUACUUAUCAAAAAAGUCUGACCUUGCACUAACUACUCAGCGCCGAUCACUUCCUACAUCAUUCAAGUUGUUUACAGGUUCAGCGUGGGUAAUGCUAACGCGAUCAUUUCUUGAGUAUUGUAUAUGGGGAUGGGAUAACCUCCCACGCACGAUCCUUAUGUACUACACAAAUUUUGUUUCUUCUCCGGAAGGCUAUUUUCAUACUGUAAUUUGCAACAACGAGGAAUAUCGCCACACCGCAAUAAGUCACGAUCUCCACUACAUUGCUUGGGACAGACCACCUAAGCAGCAUCCCAUCUCUUUAUCAAUGAAGGACUUUGACAAAAUGGUAAAGAGCAACGCUCCCUUUGCUCGAAAGUUUGCAAAGGAUGACCCAGUGUUGGACAAAAUUGAUAAAGAGCUUCUAGGUCGCACAAGCCGGUUUGCGCCUGGUGGGUGGUGCAUAGGCAGCCCUGAAGGCGGGGCUGACCCAUGCUCCGUGCGUGGUAAUGAUUCAGUGUUUAAGCCAGGUCCUGGUUCGGAGAGGUUCCAAGAGCUGCUUCGUACACUAUUAUCCGAAGAUUUUCAAAGAAAGCAAUGUACAUGACAGAGCAGAGAUAAGAGUUGGAACAAAAGAACCCAAAUGUACAUUACUGUACCAUAUAUUUACAAGGCUGAUGUAAAAUGACAUUGAUUUUUUUUUUUUUUUUGAGAAAUAAAUAGAAGAUGCAAAUUCACAAUA